AAGAAAAGUGGGGAGUUAAACAAUUACUCUAAUAAUUCAACAAAACAAAACCCCCAAGGAAAUGAAAAUCUCAUAAAUUGGAAACCAAUGCAAUUUGCAGAUUUCUAGGGUUUUUUCCCCACCGUCGAGCGAGUGCCUGUCUCAUUCCACAUCGUGUCUUCACCUCUCAGUUUCAGGCGUCGGUUUCAAAGGGAUUUCGUAGAUAGCGAUUUGUUGAUUGUUGAUUGAUGAGGAAGAAGAGAAAAGGCAGUGAGAUUGUGUGCCUGAAGCAAAAUGAGAUUUUGAGUUCAACCAAUGGUUCCGAAACGUCAUCAUUAUCGAAUUUCAAGUCUCAUUAUUCGUUGGAAGAUUAUUCUAGGUUAAAGAAGAGGUGCAAGGAAGAUUAUGAUUAUGGUGCGUGCUGUGAGGUUGUUGGGUCAUGUAAAAGUAAGACUAGACUGGCUGGCAUUGCUGCCACUGCUCCACCCUGUGGGACUUCAUCAUCGGUGUCCUCUGGACGAGGGCUUAAGAGGAAGAUAGGAUGCAUUGAUGUGGCUACACAAAUGGGUCAGAAGAAUAAGAUUGACGAUGACUAUGUGUUAGGGGAAACUAUUGGGAAAGGGAAAUUUGGAUCUGUAUUGCUCUGUAGAAGCAAGGUCACUGGAGUACAAUUUGCUUGUAAAACACUGCUGAAAGGGGAAGAGACAGUUCACCGGGAAGUGGAGAUCAUGCAACACUUAUCAGGGCAUCAGGGUGUCGUAAUGCUGGAGGCAGUGUAUGAAGAAGAGGAGAGGUUCCAUUUGGUGAUGGAGCUGUGUCCGGGUGGGAGGUUGAUUGAUCAGAUGGCAAAUCAGGGGUCAUAUUCUGAGCACAGGGCUGCUAAUAUAUUUAAGGACUUGAUGAUGGUUGUCAAGUAUUGCCAUGAUAUGGGAGUUGUACACCGGGAUAUUAAGCCUGAAAAUAUUCUUCUUACUGCCUCAGGGAAGAUAAAGCUUGCAGAUUUUGGCUUGGCUAUGAGGAUUGCCAAUGGUCAGAGAUUAACCGGUGUGGCUGGAAGCCCUGCUUACGUGGCCCCAGAAGUCCUUUUGGGGGAUUACUCUGAGAAAGUGGAUGUCUGGAGUGCUGGUGUUCUUUUACAUGCUCUCCUGAUUGGAGUUCUUCCAUUUCAGGGCGAUUCAUUAGAAACUGUUUUUGAGGCAAUUAAGAAUACAAAGCUUGAUUUCCAUACAGGAAAAUGGCAAUCUGUUUCUAAACCUGCGCGUGACCUCCUUGAGCGUAUUCUCACAAGAGAUGCUACUGCAAGAAUUUCUGCAGAUGAAGUACUAAGUCAUCCAUGGAUUCUUUUCUAUACUGAGCGCACAUUGAGGACAUUAUCCACCAGGACAAAGCCAAAGCAUCAGGCUGGUGCACCAUCCCAGAUAAUGGCAGCUGCUUCUACACCACAAUCAGAUCGAAAUAAGAGAGGGAGCAAGGGUAGAGCUCCUUCUGAGAGCUUGAAUGGAGAAUCUGAAGAGUCAGAUGAGUCUGGUUUGGUUGAUGCACUCACGGUGGCAAUAUCACAUUGCAGGAUAUCUGAACCAAAAAGGAGCAGAUUAUGUGUUCCCACCAGUCCAAUUAGAGAAGAAUGUUCAUCUAACAUGACGGCCAGCAACCUCUGCAAAGCGUUUUGAGUCUGAUUCAUGUACAGAUGAUGACCUGACCUCGUACUGUGAUGAUCCCUGCUUUUUAUUAGUCGCGGAUUGAAGCAUAACUCCCCCUGCAAACUGCAAUUUUCAACUACCAUAAGAAACUGGCCUGCUAGAUGUGACCCACAGCUACUACUGAGUUCCCUAACCGCAAAGACGGGAUAUUGAUUCCAAUAGACAUGCUAACAUGGCCGCCAACAAAACAAAACUUGUGUACAUAUUUGUAAAUAGUUUAUAGUAGUAGCUGAUGACGAAUUUAUGAUUUCAUUUCAUUUCAUUGACAAAUAAUGUAAUAUCUCUGACAGUUUCAACAAAGUAAGUAGCCUAUGAGAAGUUGCCAAGUUGGUGCUUA